AUGGAGCUGGGGACGGCGCUGGUGCUGGCGGUGCUGCUGUGCACGACUCCCGGUAAGCCAUCGGAGGAGGGGAGUCCCGGGAAGGAGCCGUCCUCAGCCCCGCAACCUGCCGGGGAUGCCGGCGGCUGCGGCGCGGGGAUGUGCGGGGCGAGGGGGGAGGCUGCCGGCUCGGCAUCGCCUUCUCGCCACCCAUCGUGGCCCGCCGAGGGUUGGGGGUCCCUCCCCGUGCUGCCCGCAGGUGAUGCUUGGGCUGGGGGCGGCAGUGGGGGGCAGCCCGGCGGAGGGCAGCGCCUCCGGGCCAGGGGGUUUUGCUUCGGAGGUUUUUUUAUACCUGUUUUUGCAGGUUUGUUUAUUUCUCUGGAUCAGCCAAGUCUCAGCAUCCAAAAAGAUGUCCUCACCAUAACAGCGAAUGAUACUCUAAAUAUUACUUGCAGCGGCCAGAGAGCUCUGUACUGGUCCUGGCCAAACAACCAGAGCAGUGCUGAGAAGCGCAUCUCCGUGACGGACUGCAGCGAUGGCCCCUACUGCAAGACUCUUACUCUCCUCAGAGUCAUUGGCAAUGACACAGGGGACUACAGGUGCCUUUACAGGGACAACCAGGCAGCCACAACCAUUUACGUCUAUGUUCAAGAUUACCGAUCUCCGUUUGUGACUUCAGUUAGCGAUCAGCUUGGCAUUGUAUACAUCACUAAGAAUAAAACUGUGGUCGUACCAUGCCUUGGAACCGUAUCAAAUCUCAAUGUCUCUCUACAUGCGAAAUAUCCAGAAAAGAUAUUUGUUCCUGAUGGUAAAUUGAUUUCGUGGGAUAAUAAAAAAGGCUUCACUAUACCCAGUCAUCUAAUCAACUACGCAGGCAUGGUCUUCUGUGAAGCCAAAAUAGACAAUGAAAGCUACCAGUCUGUCAUAUACAUAGUUGCGGUUGUAGGAUACCGGAUUUACGACCUGACGAUGAACCCGCACUACCAGGUGGAGCUGGCAGUAGGAGAAAAACUGGUUCUCAACUGUACCGUAAGGACGGAGCUGAAUGUGGGCAUUGACUUUAAAUGGGACUACCCUUCUAUCAAGGAAAAGCGUGCAACCAUAAGAGAUUUAAAAACCACCGCAGGAGAAAUAAAGAAGUUUGUAAGCACUCUGACCAUUGACAGUGUGAACUUAAGUGACAAAGGUCGAUACACCUGUGCAGCAUCCAGUGGCCGUAUGAACAUGAAGAACAGCAGCUACUUCAUUAUCCAUGAAAGUCCUUUUAUUCAUCUGGAGAAAAUGGAGAAUGUGGUUGAGACGAGGUUAGGCGAUACAGUCAAAAUUCCUGUGAAGUUUAAAGGAUAUCCUCCACCAGAGGCAAAAUGGUACAAAAAUGGAAAAGCCAUCAAUGCAAAUCAUACAGUUAAGCUUGGCUACACAUUAGUAAUCACUGAAGCAACUGAGAAGGAUGCUGGGAAUUAUACUGUUGUCCUUACAAACCCUACUAACAAGAUGCAGAAGAGGCAUACGUUCACCCUGUUUGUGAAUGUGCCCCCCCAGAUCGGCGAGAAUGCGCUGAUGGCCCCCGUUGACUCCUACAAGUACGGCUCGAUGCAGGUGCUCACCUGCACUGUCUACGCUGUCCCACCACCCGCCACUGUCCUGUGGUACUGGCAGCUGGAGGAGGAAUGCACUUUUAGCCCCCAAAAAGUUCGCUCGGGAGCCAAUCCAUAUGCAUGCAGAAAGUGGAAAGUGAUCUCGGAGAGAAAGGGAGGGAAUCAGGUUGAGAUCAAACACCGAGUCGUUACUAUUGCUGGGAAAACAAAGACUGUGAGCACCCUUGUGAUUCAAGCAGCGAACGUAUCUGCUUUGUAUAGAUGCAUGGCUACAAACAGAGCUGGGUCAAGCGAGAGAGUUAUCUCCUUUCAUGUGACCAGGGGUCUUGAAAUUAAUCUCCAACCUCGGGGUCAACUGACAGAGAAGGAUAACAUGUCUUUACAGUGCACAGCAGAUAAAUUCACCUUCGAGAAGCUAUCGUGGUACAAACUCAGUGCUCAUGCUUCGCAGACACCCUUUGGUGGGCUGCCCAUGCCUGUCUGCAAGAACCUCGAUGCCCUUCAGAAGCUGAAUGCAACCGUUUCAAACACCAAUGGUGAAAAUGUCACCUUAGAGCUCAUCCUCCAUAACAUCUCCCUCCAGGAUGGAGGGGACUAUGUGUGCAUCGCUCAGGACAAAAAGGCCAAAACGCAGCACUGCCUGGUGAAGCACCUCACUGUUCAAGAGCCCAUGGCACCCACACUUGUGGGAAAUCUGGAAAAUCAAACAACAAACAUUGGUGAAACCAUAGAAGUGUCAUGCACAGCGAAUGGCAUUCCUCCUCCAAACAUCGUGUGGUUUAAAAAUAAUGAAACACUUGUUGAAGAUUCAGGUAUCGUUUUGAAAGAUGGAAACAAAACAUUAACUAUACGUAGAGUGAGGAAAGAAGAUGGAGGUCUAUACACCUGUCUUGCCUGCAAUGUCCUUGGAUGCACAAAAGCAGUGGCAUUUUUUGCAGUGGAAGGCGCUGAAGAGAAAACAAAUCUGGAGCUCAUUAUACUUGUUGGCACUGCAGUGAUUGCCAUGUUCUUCUGGUUGCUUCUUGUAAUCAUCCUCCGGACCGUUAAGCGGGCCAAUGGAGGGGACAUGAAGACUGGCUACUUGUCAAUCAUCAUGGAUCCUGAUGAAGUACCCAUAGACGAGCACUGCGAACGGCUCCCGUAUGAUGCCAGCAAGUGGGAGUUUCCCAGAGACCGGCUGAAGCUAGGUAAACCUCUCGGGCGUGGAGCUUUUGGCCAGGUCAUAGAAGCUGAUGCCUUUGGGAUUGACAAAACUGCUACCUGCAGAACUGUGGCGGUCAAAAUGCUUAAAGAGGGUGCAACCCACAGUGAGCACAGAGCGCUGAUGUCAGAGCUGAAGAUCCUCAUUCAUAUUGGCCAUCAUCUCAAUGUUGUCAAUUUACUUGGAGCCUGCACAAAGCCAGGAGGCCCACUCAUGGUGAUUGUGGAAUAUUGCAAAUUUGGAAAUCUGUCAGCCUACCUACGGAGCAAGAGGAGUGAAUUUGUCCCAUACAAGACUAAAAGUGCCAGGUUUCGGCAGGGGAAGGAGAACUACGUUGGGGACAUCUCCACGGACCUAAAGCAACGCUUAGACAGCAUCACGAGCAGCCAGAGCUCAGCAAGUUCUGGGUUUGUGGAGGAGCGGUCCCUCAGUGACGUGGAAGAGGAGGAUGCUGGUCCUGAAGACCUUUGCAAGAACCCUUUGACCAUGGAGGACCUCAUCUGUUAUAGCUUCCAGGUGGCAAGAGGAAUGGAGUUCUUGGCUUCACGCAAAUGCAUCCACAGGGACCUGGCUGCUCGUAAUAUCCUCUUGUCAGACAAUAACGUGGUCAAAAUCUGUGAUUUUGGUUUGGCUCGAGAUAUCUACAAAGACCCAGAUUAUGUGAGGAAAGGAGAUGCCAGACUACCCCUAAAAUGGAUGGCACCAGAAACUAUUUUUGAUAGAGUAUAUACCAUUCAGAGUGAUGUGUGGUCCUUCGGAGUUCUGCUGUGGGAAAUAUUUUCAUUAGGCGCGUCGCCAUACCCCGGAGUGAAAAUUGAUGAGGAAUUUUGCAGAAGACUGAAAGAAGGAACAAGAAUGAGAGCACCAGACUACACAACACCAGAAAUGUACCAGACAAUGCUGGAUUGCUGGCAUGGAGAUCCUAAGCAGAGACCAACUUUUUCAGAGCUUGUGGAGCACCUGGGGAAUUUACUGCAAGCCAAUGUCCAUCAGGAUGGUAAAGACUACGUUGUCCUUCCUUUGUCAGUAUCGCUGAAUAUGGAAGAGGAUUCGGGUCUCUCUCUCCCAACUUCACCUGCUUCCUGUAGGGAGGAAGAGGAAGUCUGUGAUCCUAAAUUCCAUUAUGACAACACAGCAGGAAUUAGUCAGUACCGACAAGGUAGCAAAAGAAAAAGCCGACCUGUGAGUGUGAAAACGUUCGAAGAUGUCCCAUUGGUAACCACUGUAAAAGUUGUUCAGGAGGAAAACCAAACAGAUAGUGGGAUGGUUCUUGCAUCUGAAGAGCUGAAGACACUGGAAGAGAGAGACAAAGAAGUGAAAAUACCCUUUAGCACGCUGGUGCCCAGCAAGAGCAACGAGUCCGUCAUGUCCGAAGCCUCCAACCAGACGAGCGGGUACCAGUCCGGGUACCACUCGGACGACAUGGACACCACCAUCUACUCCAGCGAGGAGACUGAACUCUUGUGCACCCAGGAGGCUUGUCCUGCCCUCUCCCGCGCGCAAGGUCUGCCGUAUGACGGCGCCGCGUCGCUGCCAUCCCCACCGCUCUAG